AUGGGAAGAGAUAAAAGAAAGGAAGAAGAUGAGGAUUCCGGUGAUGAUGUUUAUGUUGUGGAAGCUGUUAUAAAUAAACGUAAAGCUAAAGAUGGGAAAAUCGAGUAUCUGUUGAAGUGGCAGGGUUUCCCACUUGAAGAAAGUACCUGGGAGCCAGAAGAGAAUGUAGCAUGUCACGAAUUAAUCGCGGAGUUUGAGAGAAAACGUAGCAAGAAAAAAGAACCUCAACCCGCUCCACCGGAAAAACGUGAGGAGAAACAGCUUCAUCGUAUUAUCGGUCUUACGGAUUCGCCCGGUGAACUACAUUUUCUAAUUAAAUGGAAGGACCAUACUGCCGACCUUGUACCUGCCAAAGAAGCAAACGUGAAGUGA